GCAGCAGGAGAAGCAGGAGAAGCAGCAGCAACAUCUGAAUAUUAAGAGCUACAAGUAUUGUUGAGUUGUUGGCUAGCAUAAUGAAGCUGCUGUCAUUGUUGCUGCUGCUGCUGUCAUUGUUGGCACUCGCUGCCAUGGGCUGGGGCUCGCAAUUGUAUCGCGUGCCAUUGAGUCGAUUCGCGUCGGUGCGGCAUCGCUUUCAGCAGUUCGGGAUACGCAUGGAUCGGCUGCGGCUCAGGUACAGCAUCUGGGCGAACGAGCAGGAGGCGCGCAGUGUGCCGCUGAGCAACUAUCUGGACGCCCAGUACUUUGGCCCCAUUAGCAUUGGCACGCCCCAGCAGACGUUCAACGUCAUCUUCGACACGGGCUCGGCGAACCUGUGGGUGCCCUCGGAGUCGUGCCAGAAGAAGCUCGCCUGCCAGAUACACAGUCGCUUCAAUGCCAAAAAGUCAAGCAGCUAUAGGUCAAAUGGCAAACGCUUCGAUAUACAAUACGGGUCGGGCAGUCUGGCCGGCUAUCUGUCCCACGACACGGUGCGCGUCGCCGGGCUGGAGAUACCGAAUCAGACGUUUGCCGAGGCCACGGAUAUGCCGGGCCCCAUCUUUCUGGCAGCCAAAUUCGAUGGCAUCUUCGGGCUGGGCUAUCGCGGCAUCUCCAUACAGAAUAUCAAGCCGCCGUUCUAUGCCAUCAUGGAGCAGAAUCUGCUGAAGCGGCCCGUCUUCUCCGUCUAUCUCAAUCGCGAACUGAGCAGCAAGCAGGGCGGCUAUCUCUUCUUCGGCGGCUCUAGCUCGCGCUACUAUCGCGGCAACUUCACCUACGUGCCCGUCACGCAUCGCGCCUACUGGCAGGUCAAGCUGGAGACGGCGCGCAUCGGCAAGCUGCAGCUGUGCCUGAAUGGCUGCCAGGUCAUCAUCGACACGGGCACCUCCUUCCUGGCCGUGCCCUACGAGCAGGCGAUACUCAUCAACGAGUCGAUAGGCGGCACGCCCGCUGCCUAUGGCCAGUUCUCGGUGCCCUGCGACCAGGUGCCCCACCUGCCCACACUAACGUUCACCCUGGGCAAUCGGCGCUUCCAGCUGAAGGGCGAGGACUAUGUCUUCCAUGAUAUCUUCCAGGAUCGCACGGUCUGCGCCUCGGCUUUCAUUGCCGUCGACUUGCCCUCGCCCAGCGGACCACUUUGGAUAUUGGGCGAUGUAUUCCUGGGCAAAUAUUAUACAGAAUUUGACAUGGGCAAUCAUCGCAUUGGCUUCGCUGAUGCCAUCAGCUGAAUUCGCUUUAAGUGCUUUAGUUUUCUUCUGUUUUUUAUGUGUGUGCGUUUUUUGCUCUUCUUCUUUUUCUUGUUAAAUGGCUGCCAUGACAGCGAAAAGUC